ACAAAUGUCAUUCAUUCAUACAACUGUCAGAAAGGGAAGGGCUGGGGCGACUCGGGCGAUUUUACUAUUAGACAGUACAAAAUCUUCCGUUUUUAACGGGAAAACGUAUUAACUAAACUCAAUAAUGUGAUGAACAGUAUUCCCAGUUAAGGCGUAUUAGCGCCAAAUAAAAAAACGGCGGUAAAACUAACGUUUUGUUGAUAAUAACCUCGUUCGUAAUAGAGGAAUUGUUUUCACAUAAAAACUCUCCAGGAUCAUGUUGAAGUUCAAAAAAAUGGGUUCGGAUAAAGUGCCAUUGCUCCUUGUGACUGCCAACGUGGGAUCUAUCUUCGAAGACCCAUCAGUAAUGCUACCAAUAUGGACGUCAGAAUUCCUGCAAGCCGUCUCCCGAAUGGACCCGAAGUUCAUAGCCCUUCAUCUUCAGGAAGUCGGCGGCAAGGCUUAUGAGAAGUCCAUGCAGUACGUCCAGGACUUCGUGCAGAGACUCUGUGACUGCCCAGAGUUGAGGCUCUUCGAUAAGAUCAGGAUAUUUCUGGAUGAAGACUUCAGCUCUCCGGAGAAGUUUACGGCUCUAGGCAACAUGUACUUCGCCCAUUCCUCUCUAACCGACCUGAAGAUAUGGGACUUCGAGCAGAAGGCCUACGUGGAAGCCGUAGGCAAGGAGGUCCAUGCUGGCAACAUUGAGAAGAUCACCACUAAAGAGAAAGCCAAGUUUCCGCAGCAUUUCUUCCCGGAGUGUAAAUGGUCGCGCAAAGGGUUCCUGCGCACGCGCUGGUGGAUCCGCGGCACGGCGGUGGAGUUCGUCAACAUACAUCUGUUUCACGACGCCUCUAACCUACUGGCUAUUGAGCCUUUCCCUUCUGUAUACUGCAGAUCGCGGCGCCGCGCGUUACGUCACACAUUGCGUCACCUGCACUCCGACGUCAACGCGGCUCCGUACUUCAUAUUCGGGGACUUUAACUUCAGGACUGACACCGCGGGCGUUGUUAAGAAGGUGACAGAAGAUCUCUCAGGCAGCCGGCUACAGAACGGCACCAACGUGGACGCCUGCAAGCUGCAGUACCGCGCCCCUGCAGACGGCAGGCUGGUGCUCAGCAUAGGCAAGAAGGAAUUCUCACAUGUCGACCAUCAGAAGAUAUUUAGGGAGCCUUGGUUGCAGCGCUUCGACCGCGAGCUGGAAGCAUUGCGGCCGCACCUGUACGAGUUCCCCGUCAAGUUCCCCCCCACAUACCCCUUCGAGGAGGACCCGCUGCUGCCCACGCACUACAUGAAGACCAGAUGUCCAGCGUGGUGUGACAGGAUCCUGUUAUCGCAGUCAGCGCGGCUGCUGGUGCAGACGCAGGACACCGCCCGACCCGCUGACAACAGACAUAUGCAUUCCUCUAGGAAAUCAGUGACAGACUCAACAGACAGUAGUGGUCGAGUGUCGUCGUCUGACAGCAGCCCCGCAAGGUCCGGCUCUCCGGCGAGGCAGAACACACAGGGCAGUCCCGGCAAGACUUUAGAGAAGAAAAGCAGCAUGGCAGAGCUUGACGCUCUGUCCGUACCCGUCGCCAACAUGAACUUCAGCCGCAAGAGCAUCGCCGACCCCACCAGUGUGCAGCAGGCCAUCAGUGCCAGGAUGUGUGAAGCAGAAGGCACACGUCGUCGACUGGUGCGCAACCAGUCGGAGGGCGAGCCCGCGCCCCGACGCGACCCACACACGCGGCGACGCGUUGCUUACGGCGUUAUAGGAGAUGCUGCCUGCAUGGGGGAUCAUAAGCCAAUCUACUUACGCGUGAUGCUCCAAACGGACCGAGGUAGUACUCCCUGCUGCAACCCCCUCCUCUGUCCCCUCCCCUCCACCCUGUCCCUCACCUCCCGCGCCUCCCCCCUCCCUCGCCUGCCUACAGACCCAGACCUCUACGCGAACAAAAAGCUCAAACUACCCCCCUCUACUAGCCACCCAGACAAAUUAACAGACGAAAACCUUAAACGUACUAGAACAGGCUCAUUAAACGAAUCUAUGUUUCGAAUACCACAUGUAGAAAUAACUAGUGCUGACGGCAGUUAUGAUGGCAUUUACGUUAACGAUAUCGAUAAUACUCUUUUGUCUGUACGACGAUGUGUCGAUCCGUAUACACCAGAAAGUAUCGAUUCUCACAGCCCUAAUGUCGAAGCUUCAUCGGGUUCCGAUGAAUUAUCAGUCGAGGUUACAGAAAUAUCGACUAAUAAAUCGACUAAAUUGAGCCGAGACAGAAGUGUAUCACCGACACAGUUAAAGAAUCGAUUAGAUAAGUUGCUCUCGGAUAAAGAUGAUAAGGUUAAAUCGAUACCUGAAAUUCAGAGGUUGAAUAGUCGGGAAUCCUGUAAGUCUGAGGCUAGUAAGAGUAAAGGUGGUUUGUGUUGUUUGGCACUGAAAUGUUAUGGGUUCUGUAGGCGGAAGGCGAGGAAAGUCAAAUGUGAUUGUAGCGGCUUAACCAAGUGUUGCACUUAAAAGCUUUUUUUUAAGUUGGGAUACUUAAACGCCACUUAAUUUUAAACUAGAUAAUUUCUUAACGUGUAUGGUUGAUAAAGUAUUUUUGACGUAUCCCGAUAUAAGUCUGAAGUUAGGCAAUUUAACUGUCAAGUAGUAUUUUUUCUCCUUAAAAGUUUCUACUGUGCUGAUAUUCAACUAAAUUCGGAUUUGACAAGUUACGUCGAAUGUACUAUGAAAAAUAUUUUUUAAAAGACUUGAAUUAUAGUAGGCGUUUAAGUGUACCAAUAAUAGUAAUGUAUCUGACUCGAUUAGUUUUUGUUUUAGUCGAUUUUUUAACGAUUAUUAACUUCGAAAUUAAAUUCGACUAUUUUUGUGAAGUGACGGUAAAAA